UGCUGGGAGCCCGGCUGCUCGGAGCGGGCUCGGGCAGCGAAGUCCCCCGCCCCCGCCCCCGCCCGCCCGUCCCCUCGGGGCGCUCGCUGGAGCCGGGCUUGAGGAGCGCCCGCCCGAGGGCUGCGGGCAGGGGCCGCCCGGGGCCAGGAAACGAAAGCGAGCCGGGAGCCGGCGCCCCACGGCCAUGGCCCUGUACGAGACGGCCUCGUCGAGGCUGGACCGGCUGAUCCAGGACAGCCUGCAGCCCGACGCCGCCUUCCUGGGCCAGGUGGGCCGCGCCGUGCACGAGGUGUGCGCGUUCCUGCGGGAGCAGUGCUUCGCCGCCCGCCCGCCGCCGCGGCCCCGCGUGCUCAAGGUGGUCAAGGGUGGCUCAUCAGGCAAAGGCACUGCUCUCCGAGGCAGAUCUGAUGCUGACCUCGUAGUAUUUCUCAGCUGCUUCAAAGGGUACAAGGACCAGGAGGAGAACCGCACAGAGAUCAUCUGGGAGAUCAGGAGGAUGCUGGAAAAAUGCCAGCAGGAGAAGCGCUUUGAGGUGAUCAUUGAGGUGUCCAGGUGGGAGAACCCCCGAGUGUUGAGCUUCCAGCUGCGAUCCAGAAUGCUAGAAGAAUCCAUAGAUUUUGAUGUGCUGCCGGCUUAUGAUCCCCUGGGCCAGCAUGUUUCUGGUUACAAGCCCAGCCCUGAUGUAUACCUGGACCUGAUAGGCAGCUGCUCCCGGGGCGGUGAAUUCUCUACCUGCUUCACUGAGCUGCAGCGGGAUUUUGUCAUGGAUCGUCCCACCAAAGUCAAAAGCCUGAUUCGCUUGGUGAAACACUGGUACAAAAAGUAUGUCCGUCCUUACAAAGCGCAGCUGAGACAGGGAGAGUCCCUGCCACCCCAGUAUGCCCUGGAGCUCCUGACUAUCUAUACCUGGGAGAAGGGGAGUGGAGAGACAGACUUCAGCAUGGCCAAGGGCUUUCGGACGGUGCUGGAGCUGAUCCAGCAGUACGAACAACUCUGUGUCUUUUGGACCAUAAAUUAUGGCUUUGAGGAUGAGGCCCUGGGACAGUACCUGCAAUCCCAACUCAGAAAACGCAGGCCCCUCAUCCUGGACCCGGCAGAUCCGACAGGGAUUGUAGGGGAGGGGUGCCGUUGGGACCUAAUUGCAGAGGAGGCCAAGUUCUGCUGUAUCCAGCGCUGCUGCGUGGAUACCUAUGGAGUUCCUGUGCAGCCUUGGGAUGUCUCGCCUGAACAAACCCUCAAAGGGAGCAAGGGAGUCUGUGUUCGCUCUGUGGCUAAGCAUGAAGCACGAAAACAGAAAGCUGCAGAACUUCAGCCUGUGCUGGUCUCUUCCUACAGCAUCCCUGCCUUGGCCCCACAAGAGUUGGAAAAGCAACCCUCCUUUUGCAGCAUACUCUGAGAGGACCCUUUCCUUAUGAGCCUUUUGGCAAUUAAGCCAACUGUCAGGCCGAAGGGAAUGUGGAAGGUAGGCUUUUGGGGGAGGUGGAAUUCCUGGGGUGUCCAGUCCUAUUAUUCAAGCUACCCUAAGCUGGGUAAGUCUCCUCUCUGUAAGGAUGUGACUAGGUGCUAUAGCUCUCUUGCAAGAAUAGGGCACAAUCACUGCAUCUCUGUCAUAAGUGGAUGGGACUCCCUGAUAAACCUCAGUAUCCCUAUCAUCCAUAGAAAGCCAUAGGACAAUAAUGCUGGAAGGACUUUAGGAGGUAAUCUAGUCCAGCCCACUGCUCUGGGUAGAAUCAUCCUGUCAGAACCAUCUUUGUCUAGCAUCUUUUUUAAAGAACCUACGCUGCAAGAGAUUCCCAAACCUCUCCCUGCUUAUGAGUGGAAAGGUCUUCCUAAGUAACUUUUAAUUCCCUUAAUGCAAUUUAAGCCCACUACUUCUUGUUCUGUCCCCUGUAGAGACAGAACGAUUGAUACCCUACCCUCCACUUUCAUCAGCAUUUCUAUCUGCUGCAAGGCACAUAUCUAAUGUACCUGCCUGUGCUGGGCUGGUGGGCUCCCAUAUCUCUUUAUAAUUUGCCUGAAGCAGGCCCAUAGAUUUAUGUGAAUCUUUGUCUGCUGAGCAUACCUGCUGCUGCACCCUUCUCACUACAGCAGAAGGGUUUGUCCUGUCCUAAAACUUAAGAACUCUAUCACUUUGUGCCUCAUCCUCAGGAUGGCAUUUGGAAAUGGCCUGACAGAGCAAAGGGAAUCCUAAGCAUUUGAUCUCAAACUCCCACCAUUCCUUGCAAUGCCAGGGGAUAUCCAUCGACCAAAAAUGUCCUUAAGGCAGGGUGCAGAAGGUUGGGAGCACAGCAGUGUUCUGUGCUUUUGAUGAUGCAGUGUGGCUGUGUGGACACGGACACGAACAUUCAGUAGUCUCAGUGGCAUGCUAGUUACACUCUCAGCAUGCAGAGCCUGGACUGGACUCCUACUUGGAGUCCAUUCCUACAUGAAGUCUUCCUACUUGGAGGACUUCAUUCUCUUUGCCCUGUGAUCCACAGCACAGGGAGGGCCUGCUUGUGCGGUUUUGCUCAAGAUGGAGAGUCAAGGCCUGUCUGUGCUCACUCAGUGCCAUUUCCAGUUUGUAUGCCAGCUGGCAUGCCUUGUCCCUGAAGUGUAAGCCACCGUAAUGAGAUCUCUACAAAAGUACCUCCUUGAAAUGUAGCACGUUAUCUGCAUCAUCAUCCUGGGCCCUGCCCCUCAUGGCUUAGAGUGCAUCAACUAAAAGGGUUUACACAUCAAUGCCAGCUUGGUCAGUCAAGGUGUACAACUUCAGGGUUUUUUCCCAACUCCAUUCUGCCCCCUGGGGGAAAUUUGCCUGCAGCUGAAGUGAAUGACUGCCCCCCACUGCUCUUCAGGGCCUUGGCAUGCCCAUUCUUACCCUGGCUUAUGAAGCCUUUCACUGGGCACAUGCAUGCCAGGAAGAAAUUGCUCAACUACUGGCUUGAUCAUGGAAGGCACUUCAAGCCACAGUGGAAAGCAGUUGAAGCACACCUGGAUGCCAAUGAGGGCUGUCUGCCCUGGGUAGUUGUAUCAUGCUGCAUCCUGCACAAUAUUUCCAAAGUCAAGGUGGCAAACUCUCCGUAGUCCUAAGCAGAGGGAAUGUGGCUCCUCGGUGACUUUCCUUGGCGGGGCUGGGGGGUGGGGUGGAGUGGAGGGCUGGGAGGGCACAAGCAAAUGAGGAGUGAAACAGAGAACACAAGUAUGGCUGGUAAACAAACCAAAGCUUUUAUUAAAUGAUGAAGAUAGUCAAAA